AUGUCCCUCCCACGGCCACAUUGUUCUUUCACCAUCCCCAGCAUCCACGACGAUGUAGAGCUCGACUGUCGGAUUUACUAUCCUCGACGAACGGAGAGGAAUGCGCGAGUUUUCGGACGGGGUUUCGCGAUCCUCGCGCACCCCUACGCACCAUUGGGGGGAUGCUACGAUGAUCCUGUCGUGGCGCUUGCUGGCGGCGUCCUGCUCCAGAGCGGUUAUUUCUUGACCACGUUCAAUUUCAGGUACGAGGGCGAUCAGAGCUACAAUUUCCCCCCCCGACCCCACACUGACUGUGACUCGAGAGGUGCUGCCGGCUCGGUGGGGAGGACGUCUUGGACGGGCAAGCCGGAGCUGGGCGACUACGUGUCGGUCUAUGGGUUGGUGCUGUGCUACAUCGACGCCAUCUUCCGUCGACCGCCCGGGGAAGGUGCCGCUCCAGUGGGAAAGCCUAUAUUGGUCCUCGGAGGGUAUUCGUACGGAGCAAUGAUCGCGUCUCAUCUGCCCGGGGUGGACGUUGUGAGCGGCCUGUUUCGCUCGCCGGCGCCAGACUCUGCCGAGAGCGAGAUCAGGCGUCGGGCUGCAGACCUGUCGCAGGACGCACAGGCCUAUCUAGACAUGCAUUCCGGGUCGGCGACGCUGACGAUACCGCGGGCCCGCGGUGGAGCAGGAGAGCCGGUCACCAAGACAAGCCCCGGUGUGGUGAUGAUGAUGGGAGGCUACGAGUCAGACACUGCCGGCCGACGAGUCAGUCGGGAAAACUCUAGGAGAAGCGUCGACGGGGAGAGAAUCAGACAGAGUGUGGACCGGAUUCGUCGCAAGAUGAUCAGCCCGCACCAGCCUACCAGCCCGGGGCCGUCGGCAACAAAAGCUCCAGCCGUCGAAUCCGUCCCGAUUCUGCCAGAGGUGGCGUAUGUCCUCAUAUCCCCGAUCCUGUCGACGGCCGCAGGGUUCACGACGAUGUUUUCAAAGCUUAGAUUCACUCGGAAGGCCCGCGAGAUCACUCACUCCCCAACACCAGAGUUCUACGAGCUUACGCUGCACCCGUGUUGUUGCUGUUACGGCACACGCGACGGCUUUACGUCUGCGGCCAAGUUGCUGCGGUGGACGCAGGAUCUACAAUCGCAGCCUGGCUCUCGUGUUGUCACGGUGAGUGCAGAUACAGGUCACUUCUGGCAUGAAGCAGAGGGGGUUGUCCGGCUUCGACACGGUCUUGCCGAGUUCCUGGACUCCUUGGGACAGAGUGAACUUCCAGACCGAACUGAAGCAAGGGAUGCCGUUGUGAGGCAUCUGGAAACUCCAGAAGAGACAACCAGCCACCUUGCAGGAGGUUGA